AUGCCGCCCACUGUGUGCCUCGAUAUCGGCGCAUCUUUGCCUGACUACUGUGCGAGCCGAAAUGCAGGGAGAAAUUAUUGUGCCAAGUCUCUGAGUAUACCUGAGAUCGUCAUCUUAAGCUUCCCGCCUGCGGCUUGGCAAUUUUCUGCCAUAAAGCUUGAGUCUACUGCGAAAUCUUGGACGGGACAUGAACAGCAAUACCAUGGCUACAUAUAA